AUGGACUAUAGCUUGAUAGAGAAAUUUCUUUCAAACAAAGAGAAAGUUAGAGAGGAUAGGUGGCAAGAGAACAAGAUGAUGCAUGAGCGCAGAUUAGCACUUGAAGAGCGCAAGAUUGCAAAUGAGGAGGACAAAACGCUAUGGGAGAAAGAACAAAAGAUUAUGUUUUGUGAUCUUAAGAAAUUAGACCCCUCCCAGAAGACAUAUGUGAUAGCAAUGAGGGCUCAGAUUGCAGCACAAAAGAUGGCGGCCUUCAGCAGCGCUUUCGCUGGUAGCAGUGGAGGACAUGAAGCUAGUGGUGGAGGAGAAAUUUGA